ACAGGAGGCGCCGGAACUGGAAACACGGGCCCAGCGGCCACCGGGGGUGGUGGCCUGGCCCAUUGGGUCAGCGUGAUGGCGGAACACAUCCACAACCCCCAUUCCGCGACAGGGGUUGGGAGUGUUCAUCACCAGCAACAGUCACCCCCUCAACCACCCUAUCCGUGGAACAACGGCCUUUCCAGUGAUCAAUGCAACCCCCACGACAAGGAGAGCGACUACUGGGGUGGCGGACGGGGCACGAAACAAGGUUACGAGGCGAAAAUGAACGCGGACCACGGCCAGCUGCAGAAGGGGGAGGAACAAUACCGUGGCGCCGGAGGAUCAAGCAGCGGUAGCCCGCCGGCGAGUUUGCUGGUGGUACCGCAACCUUUGACCGUGAAACCCUCUCAUCCGUCGCAUUUGAAUCCCCAUCUGGGCGGACCACACUCGCAUCCGCCGAGAAAGUACCAGUGCAAAAUGUGCCCACAGAUCUUCGGUAGCAAAGCGGACCUGCAGCUUCACACGCAGAUCCACAUGCGCGAGGCGAAGCCGUACAAGUGCACGCAGUGCGCGAAGGCGUUCGCAAACUCCUCGUACCUGUCCCAGCACACCAGGAUCCACCUGGGCAUCAAGCCGUACCGCUGCGAGAUCUGCCAACGGAAGUUCACCCAGCUGAGCCACCUACAGCAGCACAUCCGCACGCACACCGGCGACAAACCGUACAAGUGCCGGCAUCCAGGCUGCACGAAGGCGUUCAGCCAGCUGAGCAACCUACAGAGCCACUCCCGUUGUCACCAGACCGACAAGCCGUACAAGUGUAACUCCUGCUACAAGUGCUUCUCCGACGAGCCGAGUCUGCUCGAGCACAUACCGAAGCACAAGGAAUCGAAGCACCUCAAGACGCACAUCUGCCAGUACUGCGGCAAGAGUUACACCCAGGAGACGUAUCUGGCGAAGCACAUGCAAAAGCACGCGGAAAGAACGGACAAACGACCACCAAUCAUCGGUACAGGUCUAAGGCCGUCGAUCCACGCGAUGGCGGCCCAUCAUCAGGAUCACUAUUGGCCGAAGGUCAGUCCCGAUUCGAUGAUCAACGAUCUACACGAACGUCUGCCGCAUCAUCACACCACCGACUACCAUCAGAACCAGAACCCAGAGAUGUUGUUACCUGGCCACGGUCAUCGAGGCGGCGAGUCCAUAGAGAACGAUUCAAGGCAACAAACCCCCCAACCUGGCGCCAAUCAUCAUCCGAACAGUAGCUCAGCGUUCACCCCGAUAUCCUCGAUCUCGAUAAACUCGAUCUCCUCGAUGCAACACCCCUUGAACCCGUUGAAUCACCUGCACUACCCAGGCAGCCAUCAUCCAGCCUCCAGGCCGUACCUCUACGAAGCGUUCAACACGACGCAGAAAUCCUCGCCGGCCACAUCCUCGUCCGGCGUGACAUCGGGCACGACCAGCAACCAGAACGCGGCGACAUCGUUCCCGAAUCAACUGAUCAGCCUGCAUCAGAUACGGAAUUACGCUCAUCAACCGAACCUCGGGAAUCUCGGCAAUCUAGGGAACUUUGGGAAUCUUAGCAACCUGAGCAACCUGAGCGCGUCGAUGGAGAGCCACGCGCUCCUCGGCGGGCUCAAGGAGAAACAGUAACUCCGGCUGGUCUUGGAGGAUUAGGAGAGCUGCAACUGCUCGCUGCAAUUUUCUCCUCGGUUUUCCUCUUAAUUCCUUCUCUCUCUUGUCCAUUGUUCCCGGUUUCCUCCUGUCCCCCCAUUCACCUGAACCACGAACGCCCGAACGGAAUCGUCCAGCGUUCCUCGUCUAUUUUUUCCGUCGAUGAACGACGACGAUCACCUAACGGAUGCGUUGAUGAUUCUUCUCCCCUGGGUGAGGUGUAUCUCACAAAGAAAACGGUCGAAGAGCUCUUCGUGGAUCCUAGGAUCAUUUGGAUUCUGUACUAUACAUAUAUCGUGGUGCGUGCAACAACCUACCUGUCGUUCCUGUUCUCCCAGCACGGUGCCCACGGGUGUGGUGGUUGUUCGCUCGUUCGUUCCUGGGUAUACUAC